GGAAAUGAGUGGAGGAGAGGACGCCGUCGAUACCUUGUUGACCUGAAGGACAUGAACGAAUAGGACAUGAAGGCAUGAAGCCAUCAAGCUAUGCCGGAUAGCGGAGGCUUAGCUCUGCUGCCUUCCAUGCGCCUGCCCAGAAGGCAAAAGAUGUUCGACGAUCGAGCGAUUCUUGGAAGUGAUGAACCGUGCAGCCCGAAACGACGAGCGGAUCACUGCUUGCUUCCCGGAUGUAUCUCCACAUGCCACUCAUUAAGAGCUCAGUAGCGCCGUUGGUGCCUCCCUUCUCCCACCCAUUCGAGAUCUAGAACACUCUCUCUCUGUUUCGUAUCUGCAGCAGCAAGCUUCUGCUUCAUUCCAGGCUUGCCAUAGGAAAAUCUUGAUUUUCAAUGGGAGCUUCGCUCUCCAAAUACACAUCAUCCAUUUAUUGUUGAAGCCCAUGAAAGUUAGUCAUUGUACAAGGAAGCUGUUGAAAAAUUCCCAGACUUCUCCAGAGCCCAUUUUACUGUGUCUGGAGCAUCAGAUAGGGUGAUAUUUUUCAGUAGGUCUGUUAGUUCUUCCCUCUCUAUUUCCUCUCUACCUCCGAAGUUUCUUCUGAAAGUUAAGUUGAUUUCAUCAUUUUGGAGAACUUCGAACACUGUCCACUUUUGCUGAUGGCACAUGUCCAAAAUUUCAGAGAAAGUGAUUUUCAGGGGACAAUUACCCAGCCACACAUCUAACUAGAACAGUGUCUUCUUUCCAUUUCCAAUCACAUAUAUAAGGCUGCUAAUGGUUUGAGAUCCAGACCAAAGCCGCACCAAACUAAAUGCUCUGCUGCUCGCUGAUUAAACCCCCACCAGACCAAUCUGCAUUCCUAAAAAACCGAGCACCUGCACCAAUCUUCCAGCGUCUUCACACCAGAGAGGGAACGGAGGUGCAGAUGCUCGGUGCCUUAAUGGAGCUUCGGCCGCUACCGUUGGCUCUGUUGCCCAUCUGGGUGGUCCGGCGGAGCCUUGGAGUCGGCGAGCCGCGAAGAGCGACCGUCUAGUGCUGGCGGAUCCGCGGCCGGGCAACGCGUCAAUGGCGAACCCACCUCGCAUGGACAACAAGGACAAAGAGCCGCGCAAGGACCACCCCGCCGAUGAAGACUUCCGGAUGGCUGACAGGACCGUCAACAUGAUCUACGGCGGGCCCGAGCAAUUCGAGUCCAAGAGGAAGCAGAAGGUCACCCAGAGGCAGAUCGUCUACGCUACUGAACCAGGCACUCCAGAAUACCUACGGUGGUCCGAGGUUCCCAUCACCUUCAGCAGAGCCGACCAUCCAGGCAUGGUGGCCAAGCCAGGAAGAUAUCCCCUGGUCAUCAACCCCAGGAUCCGUAACGUGCACCUUGGAAAGGUCCUCGUUGACAGCGGCAGCGGAUUAAAUAUCCUCUUUGCCUAUACGCUCAAGGAGAUUGGUCUCUGUGCCAUGAAUUUGAAUCCAACGCACACGCCUUUCUUCGGCAUUGCCCUGGGUGACCCAAUGGUCCCCCUAGGACAAAUCACACUGCCGAUUACCUUCGGUACGAUCGAAAACUACCAUAUCGAGUACCUUCGCUUCAUCGUCGCUGACUUCGACACUGCCUAUCACGGCAUACUCGGUAGACCAGCUCUGAUGCCUGCUCCAAAUGGAGUCAUCACGGUGUUGGGCAACGUGCACAUAUCAUACGACUGCGAGAGGGAAAAUCUUCAAUUCGCAGCCACCCUGGAGCUCUCGGCGUGCAUAGAGGAAGUCCUCACCGCCUCUAAGAAGAUGGCGUCGGAGGAGUUGGAGAUCCUGACCAAGAAACUGGCGACGAAGGCGAUCAAGGAGAAGCCACAGGAGAUGAAGAAGGUGUCGCUCGACCUUGAAGACCCGUCUAAGACCGCGACCAUAGGGGCCAACAUGGACCCCAAAUAG